UUUCCACCGCACUCCCCUUCGUCUUACUCUAGCAUAUCCGGAGGCGUUUCACUGCUCUGCUAGGAGAGCCACGCAAUCAGGAGAGGGACAAACAACUGCGCUCCACUCUCUGAUCUUUCUAGCAAUCGAAACGAGUUACUGCUGAUUUGAUUCAGAGAAGCUCCUUUCUUCUCGAUCUUGCCUUCUUUCGGUGGGAGGACCCGAGGGAAGUGAAGGAGAAACGGCAGCAGAGAAAGAUCAGCAAUUGUCAGCUCACCGAUUCAGAGCAGCUCGGUUGAUACUUGUACGACUCCGAAGAAUGUGGUUCUGACUCCCUGCAUGUGGUUUGGUUGCGUUGGUAGAGAAUCAGGAUGGAGGGUAAUAAUGGCCACAGCAGCAGCAAGAGCCUUGAGAGGGUGCUAUCCAGGAAGGCUAUGCAGGUUGGGAGCUCUGCUCCCUGUAAAAUCUGGGUGACGGGCUUCCUCUGCGGCGUCUGCAUUAUGUAUCUGUUCGGUGUUGCUCUGCCUCCACUCCGAGUCCCCCAGAGCCGAUCAGUCUAUCCACCGCUGCAGCGCGCAAUCCUCUGGAAUUUUACAUUGACUGAACAUGACGGGGCUGCAACAACAGAUGAGUUGGCUUCUGCACAAGAGAAGAUAGAGGAACAAGAUAGAAAUGAGCACACCACUGAAGCUAGAAUGGUGCAACUGUACAAUGCUUGGAGCACUAUGCUCAACACUACCGGUGAUGAAGUUCUGAAAAGUUCAGACGUCCCGCAGCCACCUCAUCUGGAUGACUGCAGGCUUAAUGCAGAAAGAUAUAAACGAUUUGACAACUACGGCGAUAAUGGCACAUUUCCUCAUUGGACAUUAUGGAAAGGAUCACUUGAGCUUGAACUUUUGAACCAAAAAUACUCAGAAAAUGCAAAUCAGUAUAGACAAUAUCCUCCCUGGAUUGUAGGAUCUGAUGAAGAAAACUACCCAUUGACCAGACAAGUACAGAGAGAUAUAUGGAUUCAUCAGCAUCCUCCAAACUGCAGCGAUCCAAGCUUGAGGUUUCUUGUUGCAGAUUGGGAGAGGCUACCUGGAUUUGGUAUUGGUGCACAACUUGCUGGAAUGGCAGGACUUCUUGCCAUUGCCAUGAAAGAGAAAAGGAUUCUGGUUACAAACUACUAUAACCGGGCUGAUCACAACGGUUGCCAUGGUAAUAGCCCUGUCUGCCAUGGUAAUACUGAGUGCAGUGCUACUUUUUGCUGCACUGAAUUUUGGUUUUAUCUUUUAGGUGCUUCAAGAUCUAGUUGGUCUUGUUACUUUUUUAUCGAGACAUCUUCAGACUGCCGCAAGCGGGCUUUUGAGCUCAUGCAGAGCAAAGCCUCUUGGGCCAAGGGAUUGGUAAAAGUGAAGGAGAACUAUACCUCCAAGCAAAUAUGGGUUGGACGCAUACCUAGAAUGUGGGGGGAGCCAUGGAAAUAUUUGCAACCGACAACAGAGAUAAAGGAGAGACUGAUCACAAAUCAUCGUAAAAUGGAUAGAAGAUGGUGGAUAGCCCAGGCCACAAGGUACCUAAUGAGGUUUCCAACAGAGUACAUGUGCGGACUACUGAAUGUGGCUAGGCACUCUGCAUUUGGUUUCGAAGCAGCAAAGUUGGUUCUAGAAAGUAUUCAGAAUGACUCACCAAAGGUUGGCACUACUAGAACUAAAUCUGAAAUAGAACGGUUUGUGUGGUCAGUCCACAAACCAUAUAUACCUCGGCCUCUUCUCAGUAUGCAUGUAAGGAUGGGAGACAAAGCUUGUGAAAUGGCAGUGGUUGGCUUUGAGGAAUACAUGGAGCUCGCUGGCAAGCUCCGCAGACAGUUUCCAAGUCUGAAGAACAUCUGGCUUUCUACUGAAAUGCAGGAAGUUAUUGAUAAAACUGAAUUUUACCCUGGUUGGAAUUUCUACUUCACGAAUGUGGCACGCCAAGGUGGUAAUAUGACCAUGGCACUGUAUGAGGCCAGUUUGGGCCGUGAGACUAGCACAAACUACCCUCUUGUCAAUUUCAUGAUGGCCACUGAAGCAGAUUUCUUCAUUGGAGCCCUGGGAUCAACAUGGUGCUACCUCAUUGAUGGAAUGAGAAACACCGGAGGAAAGGUAAUGUCCGGCUAUCUAUCGGUGAACAAGGACCGGUUUUGGUAAGCGAUUCAGAGAUUGCUUGCCCCAUCGAUUGUCUUGUAGCUCCACUAAAUAGAGAUGCUGUGACCUUAGUUUGCUUGUGUACAGCAGUAGCAGAUGUACCUUCUGAGAAUCUGAGAAGACAUCUUUAGCAUGAAACUUCAGGACUAAGUAGUCGAGCAGUACUUUGUUAUAUCAAAUCAGGUCCAUAUCUUUUGAUCUGGUGUCCACUGAAAGCUAGAUAUAUUAUCACCUCUCUUGGUCCAACUUAU